UCAGAUGCUACUUUGGUGAAUCUCGCUGAAGCCUGAGCGAGCGCUAAAAUUCUGAUUUUUGUACAUAUGAAACCUUGACGCAUGUUAUAAUGCAUUGGUGUAGUAGCAAAGGCUUUAUGCAAAGCUUACUUUGCUUAUUGUUCAUUUGUGUGCAUUUGCUAUGCCUCAGUCACUGCGCAAAAAUACCACAUGAAGGAACUCUUGUUUUCCCGACGAUCAUCGAAAGGCGCAGUGAUAGAAGCACGAAACUGUUGAAGAUAAACGAAGAUCUGACAUUGAACCUUGAGAAGAGCUCAAUAAUGGGAAAGGAAUUUUUGCUGAGGACGUAUCAAGGACACGUCAUGCAGCAUACAUACUUGGACGGCUCACUCUUGGAACAAGACCUGUAUCACGACACUCGGCAUUUCGCCUCCGUUGUGGUCAACGAAGAACAUGGACUGCAAGUGGAAGGCGUCCUGGGACCUAAAUUAGGAAUAAAGCCAUCGAAAUUGCAAGGCCGGUCACAUGGGUCCCAUAUUCCUCACGUGCUGUACGAAAUUAAAGAGGAAAAGGGAACGUUCGCUGGAGUAGAUGAUAUUAAACAUGACAGAAUCAAUGUAACAGAAAGGCAGAAUGAAGGUAAUGCUAGGCCACGGACCAUCUACCCCGAAUUGCUGAUCGGUGUCGACAGCACAUUUAGAGCGCAGUUCAGAUCUGAGCUCACGCUAAUAAUGUACAUGGUUAUUACAGUCAACGCGAUUCGAGAGCCGCAGUUGUUGCAGUAUGUACUGCUGCUGGACCGAAGCAUUCAUAAGCUGUUUUGA